GGAGGCCCUACCAUUCCGGAAGACAAUCUAUUGCACCUAUCAAAGUAUUUCAUAAAUAAGUUUGUUCAGUUUGUUCAAUAUUCAUUAACAUGUGGAGAGCGAUACAUGCAACUACAGCAAUACAACGUUAGAGUGAAGUAUAUAAGCCCUGUAUGAAAAUAGCGACGACGAGUGUUGUAUAUGCGCGAGAUCAGUUUGAGGAAGUAACACAUUGUAACUAGAGACGAACAAAGGCUCAUUGCGUGUGAGAUGGUGUUUAGCAAAUAAUUACUCUCCCAUGAUUAUUAACCCAUAAGGGUUAUUAUUAAAAGCAACUUGUUUUAUUCAGGGUUAAACGGUUUAAUUUUGUUUUAGAACUUCCAAGAUCAUUGUUAAAACAUACGAAAGCAACUUUUUAGGAUGAAUGUACUGCAAAGAGUUGUCACGGGAACUGCUAGAUUUGUUGUUAAACCCGGAGUGGAUUUCAUGGGAACGCGCUGCGUGCUUACUGGGCAGAUUAAGCGAUUGUUACCUCGGAUGAGUUUUAAUCAAAACCGCUCAUGGUGUUCUGUUGGGCCGGCUGAUGAUCGGCCUGAAGUCAGCUUGAAUCGUCUUGAAGGGGAAGAUAACGGUAUAGUGGAAGUGCUCAUGUGUCGAGAGAAGGCACGGAACUCACUGGGUUGUGUGUUUGUGGGUCAGAUGAGAGAGUUGGUUUCUUCAUUACAUCAUGACACAGCAGUUCAUGUGGUGCUGUUCAGAAGUUUGGUCCCUGGAGUGUUUUGUGCAGGGGCAGAUCUUAAGGAGAGAGCUCAGAUGAGCAACUCUGAGGCAGAACACUUUGUGCAAAGCUUACGAUCGCUGAUGAAUGACAUCGCUGCUCUGCCCAUGCCAGCCAUUGCAGCAGUGGACGGCUUUGCUCUGGGGGGCGGUCUGGAGUUGGCAUUAGCAUGUGAUAUACGUACGGCAGCACAUUCUGCACAGAUGGGCCUGAUUGAAACUACGCGAGGAUUACUCCCAGGGGCAGGUGGCAGUCAGAGGUUACCACGGACGGUGGGCUUCGCCAUUGCAAAAGAGCUGAUAUUUACUGGCCGGCAUGUUGGGGGUGAGCAGGCUAUGGAAUUAGGUCUGGUCAACCGCUCUGUGCCACAGAACCAGACUGGAGACGCGGCACAUGAAGAGGCUCUAAGUUUAGCUCGAGAAAUCCUUCCUCAGGCCCCGAUAGCAGUGCGCAUGGCUAAAGUAGCCAUGAAUCUUGGUGCUGAGGUGGACAUCUCUUCAGGAAUGGCUAUCGAAGGAAUGUGUUAUGCCAGGCUCAUUCCAACACGGGACAGACGAGAGGGAAUGGCCGCGUUCAUAGAGAAGAGACCCCCAAGAUACAUUGGCGAGUGAAUGUUCAAGUCACCAUACGCACUACGGCUGCAUUUUCAUCUCUGGAAGUUUUUCAUUUGUUUUGUAUCAGCACAUUCUGUACUGACAUGAACAAAAUGUGGGUUUUAGUUUUCACUGGUGUUGUUUUUAGUUGUUAUGCAAAUUUCAAAAUGUAUUGAAAAAUAUAUAUUGUACAAGUUUCACUUUACAAAGGCAAUUUUUUGUCUUGCAUUUCUUGAAGAUUUAGAAAAUACCGUUAAAUAAAACACUUAAUGUUUUAUUUUUAA